AUGCCUUCCGAGAACGCUGGUUCCGUCAAGGUCCUUGAGGAGCUCUUCCAGAAGCUCAACGUCUCCAAGGAGGCUUCCGACAUCAAGGAGGCUUCUACCGAGAUCGCUUCUUUCAUCAACGGUCGUAUUGAGGACCAGGCCGUCCCCAGCACUUUCGUUGCAAGCCUCCAGAAGUCCCUCUCCAACAAGAAGGAUGCUCUCGCCCGUGAGAAGGCUGCCAUCGCCAUUGAGCAGAUUGCCUCCCACGCCGAGGUCUCUGCUUCUGUCGAGCCCUACCUCGUUGUCCUUCUUCCCGCUGCCCUUGCCGCUGUUGGCGACAAGAUCACUGCCGUGAAGAAUGCCGGCCAGGCUGCCGUCCUCGCCAUUGCUGGCGCCAUCAACGGCAACGCCUCCAAGGCUGCCCUCCCUCACAUCAUGGAGUCUCUCCGCAAUGCCCAGAAGUGGCCUGAGAAGAUGGCUGCUCUUGACUUCAUUGAUGCCCUCGUCAAGUCCGCCCCUGCUCAGCUCGCUGCCCGUGUCCCCGAACUGAUCCCCGUCAUCUCUGAGGCUAUGUGGGAUACCAAGAAGGAGGUCAAGGAGCGUGCCUACAAGACCAUGGAGUCGCUCUGCCAGCUCAUCGUCAACAGGGAUAUUGAGCGUUUCAUUCCCGAGCUUAUCAAGUGUAUUGCUAAGCCUGAGAACGUCCCCGAGACCGUCCAUCUGCUCGGUGCCACCACCUUCGUUACCGAGGUCCAGGAGCCCACUCUUGCCCUCAUGGUUCCUCUUCUGGACCGUGGUCUUGCUGAGCGUGAGACCGCCAUCAAGCGAAAGGCUGCUGUCAUUGUUGACAACAUGUGCAAGCUGGUCGACGACCCCAACAUUGUCGCUCCUUUCUUGCCCAAGAUGAUGCCAGGUCUUACCAAGAACUUCGAAAACUUGGCUGACCCCGAGGCCCGUGAGAAGACCAAGCAGGCUCUCGACACCCUCACCCGUGUCGGUAACAUCAAGGAUGGUGUCAUCCCUGAGGCCCGCAACGACGGUGACCAGAAGGUUGUCCUUGCCAAGCUCAAGGAGAUCCUUGCCCCCAAGUACGCCAACUACCUCGAGAAGAUGGGCCCCGUUGCCGAGUACAUUGCUGCCAUUGCUGGUCAGAUCGUCGACGAGAAGGAGAAGGAGCCCAUUGUCUGGGUCGAUACCCUCAAGCCUUACGUCGCUGUCAUCACUGGCAUCGACAACUCCGAGAGCGUCAUCGAGACUCUCCGCAAGAAGGCCUCCCCCGGCGCCCAGGCCGAGGAUGAGGUUGAGCCCGAUGAGGAGGAGGGUGAGGAUCUGUGCAACUGCACCUUCUCCCUUGCCUACGGUGCCAAGAUUCUGCUGAACCAGACCCAUCUCCGUCUCAAGCGUGGCCAGCGCUACGGUCUUUGCGGUCCCAACGGUUCCGGAAAGUCUACUCUGAUGCGUGCCAUCAACAACGAGCAGGUCGAGGGUUUCCCCAAGCAGAGCGAAGUCAAGACUGUCUUCGUCGAGCACGACCUGGACUCUGCUGAUACCGAGAUGACCACCAUCGAGUGGACCAUGAAGAAGCUCGAGGAGGCUGGUGUCACCACCACCCAGGACGACGUCGUCAAGCAGCUUACCGAUUUCGGCUUCACCGAGCAGAUGAUCACUGGCGAGAUUUCCGCUCUUUCCGGUGGUUGGAAGAUGAAGCUCGCUUUGUGCCGUGCCGUCUUCGAGGCUCCUGAUAUCCUGCUUCUGGACGAGCCUACCAACCAUUUGGACGUGAAGAACGUCAAGUGGCUCGAGGACUACCUCAUCAACUCCCCUUGCACCUCCAUCAUCGUCUCCCACGACUCUAGCUUCCUCGACAACGUCUGCCAGCACAUCGUCCACUACGAGCGCUUCAAGCUCAAGCGUUACAAGGGUAACCUGGCUGAGUUCGUCAAGCGUGUUCCUUCCGCUAGGUCCUACUACGAGCUCGGUGCCUCCGAGAUCGAGUUCUCCUUCCCUGAGCCCGGUUUCCUCGAGGGUGUCAAGACCAAGGCCAAGGCCAUUCUCCGUGCCACCAAGAUGUCCUUCCAGUACCCCGGUACCUCCAAGCCCCAGAUCUCCGACAUCACCUUCCAGUGCUCUCUCGGUUCCCGUAUUGCCGUCAUUGGUCCCAACGGUGCCGGUAAGAGUACUCUGAUCAACGUUCUUACCGGUGAGCUCAUCCCUACCCAGGGUGAGAUCUACCAGCACGAGAACAUCCGUAUCGCCUACAUCAAGCAGCACGCUUUCGCCCACAUUGACAACCACUUGGACAGCACCCCCUCCGAGUACAUCCAGUGGCGUUUCCAGACCGGUGAGGACCGUGAGACCAUGGACCGUGCCAACAAGAUCAUCACCGAGGCCGAUGAGAAGGCCAUGGACAAGGUCUUCAAGAUCGAGGGUACAUCCCGUCGUGUCAUUGGCAUCAACGCCCGUAGAAAGUUCAAGAACUCUUACGAGUACGAGUGCUCUUUCGCCAUUGGUGACAACAUUGGCAUGAAGAACGAGCGCUGGACCCCCAUGAUGUCUGCUGACAACGUCUGGCUGCCCCGUAACGAGCUGCUCGCCUCUCACCAGAAGAUGGUCGCUGAUGUCGAUAUGAAGGAGGCCCUCGCCUCUGGUCAGUUCCGUCCUCUGGUCCGUAAGGAGAUUGAGUCUCACUGCGCCAACUUCGGUCUGGACGCCGAGCUCGUCUCUCACUCCCGCAUGCGUGGUCUGUCUGGUGGCCAGCGUGUCAAGACUGUCCUUGCCGCUUGCUCGUGGCAGCGACCUCACUUGAUCGUCCUUGACGAGCCUACCAACUAUCUGGACCGUGACUCCCUCGGUGCCCUGUCCAAGGCCCUGAAGAAGUUCGAGGGUGGUGUCAUCAUCAUCACUCACUCCGCCGAGUUCACCAAGGAUCUUACUGAGGAAGUCUGGGCCGUCAUGGACGGUAAGAUGACUCCUUCCGGACACAACUGGGUGUCCGGCCAGGGCUCUGGCCCCCGUCUCAAGCAGGACGGUGAUGACGAGGAGGAGAAGUUCGAUGCCAUGGGUAACAAGAUUGUUACCACCAAGAAGAAGGCCAAGCUGUCCUCUUCCGAGGCCCGUAAGAAGAAGAAGGAGCGUAUGGCCCGCCGCAAGCGUGGUGAGGAGGUGUUCAGUGAUGAGGACGAGCUGUAA